ACCGCAAGGCGGCGGCCGUUCUUGGAAUCGAUACCGAGGAGAGGCACUAUAUCACCUCUUCUCUCCUUGGAACCCUCCGUCACUUGCGUUCCGAGGGCGGCUUCUUUGCUCUCUGGAGAGGUUUCGUUGCGCACCUCUUCUAUACCUUUGCCUAUACUUCUCUCAACGUGAUGUGUCAGAUUUUGCUUGGGCGGGUCUUCCCGGGCUCCCUUACGAGGAUCAUCAGUGGUCUCGCCAACGGUCUUGUAUUAGCACGGUUUGCCAUGGUUUGCACGCAGUAUGUCCCCUCCAUUCCACCCUUAAUGUGUGAAAGAGUGCUAAUUGUGAACCGAAGCAUUGUGAUCUCGAAGCCCCAGGCCGCGAACUGGUUCACCCGAAUGAGGUCGACCCCUUGGUCCACUGCCCGAAAGACCCUUCCAGCCGUUGCAAUUGUCACACUCCUCGCCUACCUCAGCACGGAACUCAUUAACGGCCUUGCUAACCUCAGAGCCGAUGGACCCACUUGCCUCAUCGCCACCCUGGCGGCCUUCCUCCUCUACCUCGGCAUUAUCCUCCCGGCAUCCGUCGCCCUCGUCCGUGUUAAGGCCUCGCACCUCCCUGAAAACUUGGAGCCCAUCGCCCCGUUCGACCGCACCUUUGGAAGGACUGACGAUGGCAGAGACUUGACGUUCGUGGAGGCGUGGAAGAGCAUAGAAACGGAUAGGUGGAAGAGGCUUGCCAAGAUGGUUGUGAAGCUCGCGCCUGUGACCCUGAUUUUGCCAACCAUUUUCCUUUAUGGGGCGAUUCUCGUCCUGGUCGCUUAUGGCGAGAUCCCC